CUACCAAGCCAUCUAUCUAUAUAUAUAUCAAAAAUGAUUACGUUGGGUAUUCUAUUACAGUUGACAGAGCAGAAGCCGGGAUGGAUAGUACAUAUAAAGAAAAAAAAUCAUCAAUGCGGAGAAUACCAAACAUUUCGUCGACGUUGGUAAAUAACUGGCAUACUAUCACAUUCCUCCUUCUAACCUGCCAGAAUUUUGACAUGGUUCGGCCAGAAAACGCAGUGGAUCAUGGCAACAAGUUACCAAGGAGUGGCUUUCUACAAGUUGCAUGGACGGAUGGUGGAGCGGAACAAGAAUUGAACUCCGACGGCGUCAUGUCCACUACUUUAAAUUUAGAAAGGCCAGGCUUUCAAGAAAUGCGAAGCAUACAGAAUGUGAAAAAACCAAGGUUUCUAUGCCUCCACGGAUGCGGAUCAAAUGCUGAAAAACUUAAACAAGAGUUGGAGGUGUGGCCGGAAUCUGUUACUGGCAAGAUGGACCUUGUAUUCAUCAAUGCUCCAUUCCCUAUUGAUGACGAAACAACUGUCGGUGAACACUUCCGUUGGUAUAGCGAUGAAAAGGUAAAUACGGAAUAUGAAGACUUUGAAGAGGGGAUAGCAUAUAUAGAGGAUCAUAUGAUAGAGCUCGGGCCAUUUGAUGGACUGCUUGGUAUUUCUCAGGGAGCCUUUGUGACAGGUGCAUUACCAGGAUUACAACAACAGGGUUUGUGUCUAACGAAAGUCGGAAAAAUCAAACAUGUUAUAUUGAUCUCUGGAGGCAAAUUGGGAGAUGUUGAUUUGCCACAGCCAAAACUUGCUGAAACCGCAUAUGAUUUUCCAAUAAAUAUUCCGUCACUCCACAUUUAUGGCGAACAUGAUAUCGCGAGGAAUUCUGCACCUAAUCUCACCGAAGUGUAUGUGGAUCCAUUGGUGAUAUACCAUCAUGGUGGUCAUGAAGUGCCAAAACUAGACGAAGAAGGAUUGAAGAUCAUGUUUGAGUUUCUUAAGAAAAUCAAUGCUACCAUUUGAAGAAUUACCAACUUACUGCUAUUGUACGUUGCCUACUAGCUAGUCAACAUGUGUACGCAUGAAAUAAGAGAAAGGUUCCUUAUUAAUCAAUCAAUGGGAUAAUGUGUUAUUGAACUUCUUUCUUUUUUUUAAUGGUAAACGAAUAAAGUUUAAUCAUCA